UGUAUCAAAAAGAUUAUUUAAUUCUUCUGGAAGAAUUAAUUCUUUAAAGAUCAAUGAUCAUAAUGAUAAAGAUAAUAACAACAAUGGACCUUUGAGUGGAAUUCGGGUAGUAGAUCUUACAAGAGUUUUGGCAGGACCUUAUUGUACGAUGCUAUUAGGAGAUCUUGGCGCUGAAGUGAUAAAGAUAGAGAACCCAUCAUCAGGUGAUGACACACGCUCAUGGGGUCCACCAUGGGCAAAAAAUAAAGAUCCAAAUGAUACAUCUAGACCUGAAAGCGCGUAUUUUCUUUCAUCAAAUCGAAACAAAAAAUCAAUCACAAUAAAUUUGAAAUCUGUUGAAGGUGUUAAGGUUGUUAAGGAUUUGGUAGAAAAAAGUGAUAUAUUCGUGGAAAAUUAUAUUCCAGGUAAAUUGGAUAAAUUAGGUAUAGGAUAUGAACAGUUAAACAAGAUUAAUCCCCGAUUGAUUUACACUUCAAUUACUG